CCACCACACAGGCUCACGUGGCGACUGGUGGUAUCCGUGGGGUGGGGCAGAAACCGAGGGCUGUUUUGAAGUCCAGCUUUCUCUGGAUCCUCCCGUCGGACCGUCAAAAAACGACGAAAGAUGGACAGGAAACUGAAUCUGAACCGAGCGGAGACGUUCUCCUUCGUCAACCCCUGGAUCCGAUACUUUCUCUUCUUCUUCAGCUUCUUGUUUUGGGUUUUCUCGCUGUUGAUUGUUGCAAUCGGGGUUUACGCUAAAGUCCAGAAAGCCACGGACACAGUGCGGGACACGUUCCUGAUCGACCCGGCUGUCAUCCUCAUUGUGGCGGGCGUGGUCAUGUUCUUCAUUACUUUCUGCGGCUGCAUCGGAGCCCUCCGAGAGAACAUUCGCCUCCUCAAGACAUUCUCCUUCAGCCUGACGCUGGUCUUCCUCACCCAGCUGGCCAUAGCAAUUCUGGGCUUCUUCUACUCCGAUCAGACUCGGGACGCUCUGGGAAAGUUUGUGAAAAAGGCCAUCGUGCACUACAGGGAAGACCUGGAUCUGCAGAACCUGAUGGAUUACAUCCAGAAAGAGUUCAAGUGCUGUGGGUGGAACAACUACACAGACUGGUCUUGGAACCUGUACUUUAAUUGUACACAAACAAACCCCAGCUCCGAGCGCUGCUCUGUACCUUACUCCUGCUGCACUCCUGUUCCUGGAGAGGCGGUGAUCAACACCAUGUGCGGUUUUGGGGCGCAAACCCAGAACUACCUGGAGGCCAACAAGUCCAUCUACCCGGUCGGCUGCGCGGACAGGGCGGUGAUGUGGAUCGAGUCCCAUCUGCUGCUGGUGGGGGCUCUCGCCCUGGGACUGGCCCUGCCCCAGAAACCAACAGAGGCGUAGGGUUAAUGUGAGGCCCACUUGAAUAUGACUAAUUCAAGAUCGCGAGUUGGACCUACACAGCAAUAACUAGGCACAAUGGGACGAUGAAAUUUUAACUGCACAUUAUUCAUUUAUUACACUGCCCCGGAUCGAAAGCACAGGUUAAUGUGCACACCGAGGGCAGAGGCCUGCGCGCGAUACUGCGGGAUUGCGCGUGCUUUCAGAAAAAACGAGGCUACACUGACAAUUCCCCUCCCGACUGGCGGAGCAGCUCAAAUCCCAACGCGUUAAGCGACGCUAAUAACUCAAGUCAAUAUGCUUGAUUGGCCGUGAGAUCGCAUUAGCACUUAUCAGGGGCUGUCUCUAAAUAAUUAGUCCGCUUACUUAUAAAAAUUAUUCAGGUACUGUCACACAGCACGGGGCGCCUCGUCGCUGGAUCUUGAGCUCGAUCCAUCUGGCUCCUGAUUGGGAUCCCCGGUGAUUCUGGCGCGUGAAUUACCCACGAGUCCUGUCAAAACAACUGCAUUAGUAGUCCAGUUGCUCUGAUGUGCCAGUAAAUCUGAGGAUGAAGUUCUCUCCUCCGUCUCGCACAUCGUUACCAAACACCAUUACCAGAUUUUGUCUGCAUAACAAGCCACGUUUAAAUCAAAACGGUUAAAUUAUUGAGGAGCUCGCUGGAAAAAGCUGUGUGUUUUUGCCCGUGAGAAAAAACACUUCAAGCUCUAUAGGAGGUGAAGGGCAUAAAGUGUUAUGAUCCUGUAAAUUAUGGUACGAUAAAAAUCCCAACGGUUUUUAUCGAAUUUUGUUAAAAAUAGAUUUCCUCCCAGUGAGAAAAACGAGCAUCGCAGCAUCCUUUCGCCGGGGACCUUGAGAUGUUUCGGCACAGGGUGUACAGUUACCCAGAGUCCUUCCUGUAAUCUACAUUGA